CGCCCCGCCCCGCCGCGCAGCAUAGCGCAGCGCCGCCUGGUUGGGCUCGGGGUGGGAGGCGCCGGCCGCUGCGUGUGUGGGAGCGGCCUGCGCGCCCCAUGCAGCGCUAGUGGUUCCGUGCCCGGCUCGCUCGCCGGGCCGUGCCCUUGAGCGCCUAUGGAUUCGGCUCUGGCGGGCGCGGUUACGGGUGUGGUUGCGACGGCGGCCCCCGGCAGCACGGAGCGGGAAAUGCUUCAAGGACCAUCAGAAGAUGUGUUUGCAAAGGUGGAAAGUUCAGUUGAAGACAUGGAUACCUCCGAUACCCAGUGGGGCUGGUUUUAUUUGGCUGAGUGUGGUAAAUGGCAUAUGUUUCAGACCGACUCCAACAGUCACUGCAGUAUCAGCAGUGAAGAUAUUGAAAGGAGUUUCCGAACAGACCCUCGUGGAUCUCUGUCUUUUACCACUGCAAAGUUUAACUACACACUGGACUUUUCAGUGAUGAAACAAAUCAACCUAACUACCCUUAAACAACGUCCAAUAAAGCGAGCUCCCUUUGCAAUCAAUUCAUUCAGUUUCAUCUGUGAAAAUGAGGCUAUUCCUAUGCCUUCACACUGGGAGAAUGUAAAUACUGAGGAGCCAUACCAGCUUAUUCCAUUGCAAAAGAAAACAAAUGAAUAUAAUGAAGUUUCUAGUCUCUUUGGAAAAACAAUGGAUAGCCAACGAAUUAAAAGAAUUAAGAGAAUACAAAAUCUAGACUUGUGGGAGUUUUUUUGCAGGAAGAAAGCUCAACUGAAGAAGAAAAGAGGUGUCCCAACAAUUAAUGAGCAAAUGCUGUUUCAUGGCACCAGUAAUGAAUUUGUAGAAGCAAUAUGUAUUCAUAAUUUUGAUUGGAGAAUAAAUGGGAUGCAUGCUGCUGUGUAUGGAAAAGGGACUUAUUUUGCAAGAGAUGCAUCAUAUUCCAGCCAUUUCUGCAAAGAGAGCAUGAAGCAUGGAGAUACUUUCCAGAUUCAUGGUGUGAACCUGCAGCCUCAUCUGCACAGACCAGAUAAAGUCAUGUUUCUUGCUCGUGUAUUAACUGGUGACUAUAUUGGUGGUGAUUCAAAAUACGUGAGGCCUCCUUCAAAAGAUGGAAGCUUUGUGAACUUGUAUGACAGCUGUGUGGAUAAUACCUGGAACCCAAAGAUCUUUGUCAUCUUCGAUGCCAACCAAAUCUACCCUGAGUACUUAAUAGAAUUUUGUUAAGUUUGAACUGAUUAUUGUUUGUGGUUUUUUGAUACUUUUGUUCCUUUUGUAAAGGCAGCAACAUAGAAACGAUGAAUGAAAGAGAGGUGAAAGAAAAGCAGGCAUGCAUUUAUGGAGGAGGGAAGCUAUUAAAUAUUUAAGACAGACUGGUUAACUGUUUUUAAAACUCUGUAAACUUUACUAAUGCAUUUUUCAAAUGUAGAGACUAUUACAAAUCUGAAGUUGCUUAGUGAGCCUUAAUUACAUUGAGCAUUGGUAAGUUUUCAAAGGCAAGAUUUAUGUUUUGAUUUUCUAAAUUAUAUUGAAAGUGGUUAGAAAUAUGCCUCUAAAAUAGUAUGCAUAUGAGGAAAUUAAUCUUUUAUAAAGAUUGCCUAUAAAACAGAGUAAGAACAACAACAGCAAAACCCCAGGGGACAUGGGGUGUGCAUGUGUGUGUGUGUCCGUGUUCUGUAGUAUGUUACCUUGGUUGGAGGUCUCUUAGUUUGGAUUCUAAACCUAAAAAAAGAAAAAAUAUCUACAGCUUCUUCAUCAAUUUCCUCCAGAUAAAGUUCAACAAAGCUGUAUGGUUUAACUUUAUGUACAUUUUACUGUAAGCUUCAAUUAUAUACUGGGAAAAUAACAAAGCCCUUGCAGUAGGAUUUGACUGUUGGUUUUGAUGGAAAUGAAGCCCAUAAAUUUGUGGUUGUUAGUUGUUUGGUAUGUAACUGUUGGGCUCACUGUUGGGACAUCAGCAGUGCCAUACACCUUUCUCAGUUCUUAUCCUGUGUAAUUUUUGCCAUCUUGUUGCAGUCUUCAUGACCUGCUGUGAUUCAUGUCUGAUCAGAGUUUAAGAUAUACCCGGUGCUCAUAUACAUGGUGUUACUGAAGACAAUGUUUAGAUUAACUUAACUGUAAACAAUACAGUUAAACUAACAAGGACAAUUUCAAAAUAUGCCAUCCUUUAGCUUUUAAACGCUACAAUAGAAAGUUUUCAGUAACAUUUGUGUAGAUCAGGUUUUCAUAACUGGUAUGGUUGUAAAACUGAAGAGUAUUUUUCACAUGUAGAAAGAGCAAAAAAGACCAAAAAUAUUCAGGUAAAGAACAGACCUGAGAACCUAAACACAUGAAGAGGCUGAGGAAGGGGCUGUUACUGUGAGAUACACUGUUGUGUGAACCAUCUGCUAUGGAACUGUGUCCCUAGUUUGUCCUUUGUUAAAGGACCUAAGUAGCACUAAUGGACAAAGUCAAAGUUGAAACCUUUCCAGGCUUUUUCUUUGGCUAUGGCCAGUAACAAGUCCCUGUAGAAUCAGUAUAUAAUUGCAGCAGAUAUAGAAUGAUCUGUGUUGGUUUGUUAUAGAAUUGUUAAUGGACUUUUUGGAUCAAAGGCUAUGUUUAAAAUGUAUUGCGUUUAAAGUCACUGCAGCUGCUGGCAUGAGCAGGUCUGUUCCAAGUUGUACUAAACCCAUGGAACUGGAAGCAGAAGAUGACAACGUAUCUGGCAUCGUAACUGAGGACACAAAUAUCUCUUCCUUCUCCUGCGUGCUGUUACCAUUGUCUGUCAGUGGAUCUUGCACAAGUUGUUUAUCUGUUUCUGUUUGUAAUUUCAUGGCAAUUUUCCUGUCCCUAAACCAUUUAGGGCUAAAAUGCAUUUUCCUUUAUUUUAGGAAGUAUGAUUUCUGAUCCCAGCUGGGAACUCUAGGUUCUACUCUUGUAGGUAUGAUUUGUGUUUGAUUCACUACUAUGCUAGCUCUGCAAAAGGCACUUUUUUCCCAAAUUGUGUAAAAUAAUAGCGAAUCACGCAGGGAAUUUGUGUAUUACUGAAUCCUUUCUAUUAUUACACAGUAUUCUACAGAGCAUACAUUUUGUGGAACUAACAAAUACAUGUGCUGUUGUUUCUUUGA